AGAAAACCACAGUGAAUAAAAAGCACGCGUGCGUAAGCUGAAGUGAGCAAGUUAUUAACACGUUUAGCCAUAAAUAUAGCCCGUGUUUUUUAGCAAAAUGGUACGUAAAUUAAAAUUUCACGAGCAGAAACUCUUGAAGAAAGUUGAUUUUAUUAACUGGGAGGUUGACAACAAUAUACACGAGGUUAAAGUGUUGAGAAAAUACCAUAUUGAGAAGAGGGAAGAUUAUACCAAAUACAACAAACUUAGUCGAAAUAUCAGAGAAUUGGCGCAGAAAAUACGGGACUUGGACGCAAAAGAUGGAUUCAGAUCUCAGAGUACAGCCCUUUUCUUGGAAAAACUAUACAGUGUCGGUUUGAUUCCCACCAAACAGAACCUCUCUCUCGCAAAUGAAGUGUCAGCAUCUGCAUUCUGCAGGAGGCGGCUUCCCACAAUCAUGCUGAAACUGCGCAUGGCUCAGAACCUAAGGAACGCCAUCACCUUCAUUGAGCAGGGCCAUAUUCGUGUUGGGCCAGAAGUCAUCACUGAUCCUGCAUUUCUUGUAACAAGAAAUAUGGAAGAUUUUGUCACAUGGGUGGAUUCCUCCAAGAUCAAACAACAUGUCAUGAACUACAAUGAGGAGCGCGAUGACUUUGACCUCAUGGCCUAAAUCUCCAAGUGAAAUGAAAAUUUGGAUUUCAUCCAGAAAUUCACUUGUGAUUCUUUAAUAAUGCACAGAUACAUAUUUAUUUCCUGCUCCACAGAAGCGAGCAUUUAUCAUUCUUGAAAAAGUGAGUAAAUGUAUUUGAUUUUUGUUAUUGUGCAUCAUUUGUAAACAAAACUUUUUUUUCCAGAAUUUAGUUGUUUCUAAAAAACUACCUUCACAUUUUACAAAUAAAUCACAACUUAACCCACAAGGUAUACCAAA